AUGGAUGCCUUGACAUUCAAUAGCAAUAACCCAAAUGAUGGGUCAAACAGAAAUGAUGAUCUAAAUACAAAACAAUCCACAACAAAUAAUGGAAAUAAUAAUCAAAGAUUCAACUCUAUAUCAAAUACAGGUGCCAGUCCCAGAAAUUAUGAUCAAAGUUAUUAUGAAAAUGAAAAUAAUCCUGGUAAAUCAUUUCCUUCACAGCAAUUCAACAAUACUGGGUCAAAUAUUGAGAAUAAUGGUCAACAAAAUCAAAAACAAAGUGAUGUAACAGCUCCAAGAACAGGUCGUGCUGAUUCUUUAUCCUUUUACACAAAUUUUGGGAACAACGGACCGAGAUUUUCAACAGAUUCAAACUCCUCAAUAUCAAAUUUUUUAAAUUUACCAGCACCUGGUGAUCAAGGAUUCAAUUAUGAUUCAAAUGGUCGUGGUUAUUCUAUAUUAAACAAUAUGUUUUUACCUCCAGGUCAAAGUCAAAGUCAACAAGGAGGUCAACCUCAGCCUCAACAGGGAAGCAAUAACAAUAACAAUAAUAAUAACAAUAACAAUAACAACAAUUUGCCGGGUGAUUAUUCUUUCUACAAUGGUGUCAGAAGACCUUCUGAACAAUUGGAACCUUUUAAUCCUGCAGUCAAGCUAAAAGCUCCAAAUUUUUCAAGCAAAUCAAGUUCAACUCAAGGUAGUAAUAGCAAUAAUAACAAUAACAAUAGUAAUAAUCAAAGCUUAAGAAGUGGUUCUAUUUUAUAUCAAGGUGCUCCAUUUGGUGAAGAUUUUGAUUUUUUCACAAGAAAAGAUUCAAUCAGAAAUUCAAGGGUACCAAGUUUCUUGAAUAACAAUUCAUUUGGUGAAGGAAGUGAUUUUGAUAUUUUCGCUAAAAGAGAUUCCAUUAAACCUAUUGAUGAUGAUUUCCAUAUCAAGGCCGAACCAAAUGAUGAACAACAGAAAAAAAGAGAAACAAAAUCAGAAUCAGAUGCUCAAUUAGAUACAAUAAAUGAAAGUCCAGAUUCAAGACAAACCCAAACUCAACAACUCCAACAACCAGGACAACAAUUUCGUCAACCUCAAUUACCAAUCAAUGACUACAAUCAACAGCAACAAAUUCCAAAUCAAACACAACGAUUUCAGCAAUAUCAACCACAAUACCAAUUGAAUCAACAGCAGCAGCAACAACAACCAACCCCACAAGUUCCUCAACAGCAGAAUCAAGAAAAAGAUCAACCUCUCAGUAAAUCACCACAACCAAAGCCUAAAACAUCAAGAUCAAAAUCCUCAAAUCGGUCAAGUCAAGAUUCAAAUAAUGGUAAAAAUAGAAGAAAUGCUAUUCAACCUAAAACAACAAAGCACCAACAACAACAGCAACAGCAGCAACGCUUGGGUCAAAACCAACCAUCGAAUACUGCAAUAAGUCCACAUUAUACAACCACAAAUACACUAUCUCCUUCUGCUCAACCUUCACAUAUUUCCCCAACUUCUUCUCAAUAUUCCAAUAGUUCUGAGGGUCAUAGGCUAAUGGCUGCCCAAGAAGCAGCAGUAACUGAAGAUGGUCGUCCAUUACUAGGUGCUACUAAAGUUGAUCAAUUAAUGCUGGUUAUUCAAGCUCGUAAGAAAGGUGUUCACAGUGCUAUUCAACAAGCUGAUGAUGGUAGUAUUUUAGAUACAGGUGAUGGAGUUUUACCACAACAAACUGAAUUAGUUGGUGGAAUUGAUAAACCAAAGACUAAAGGUUCCAAGAAUCAUGAAUGUCAAUAUUGUCAUAAAAAUUUCACACAAUCAACUCAUUUAGAAGUUCAUGUUAGAUCGCAUAUUGGUUAUAAACCAUUUGAAUGUAAUUAUUGUGGUAAAAGAUUUACUCAAGGUGGUAAUUUAAGAACUCAUUUAAGAUUACAUACAGGUGAGAAACCUUAUGUUUGUGAAACAUGUGGAAGAAGCUUUUCAAGAAAGGGAAAUUUGGCUGCUCAUAAAUUGACACAUGCUAAUUUGAAACCAUAUGAAUGUAAAUUAGAUGGUUGUAAUAAAGCAUUUACACAACUGGGUAAUUUAAAGGCUCAUCAAAAUAGAUUUCAUUUAGCAACUUUAAAUCAAUUAACAAGAAGGCUUGCUGAAAUUGACCCAGAAGAUCCAAAUAAUGCCAUGAAUCCAAAUGAGCGUGAAUUAUUGAAUUAUUUUGGAAGUCUAUACAAAAAUUCAAAUAGAGGUAUUAAAGGUCGUGGUAAAAGAGCAUCACCUUCAUUAUCAACACCAAUGAUUCAAAAUCAAAAUUCAGCAAUUCCAUCCCCACAACCACAACAAUCACAAUUACAACAGCAGCAACCUCCACCUCCACCUCCACCAACUGCUACAUCUGCUUCUCAACAGCAACAACCUCAACAACAAAUUGCUCCUCAAAGUAUACCCGGUCAAGCUUUACCGCCACAAUAUCAAACUUAUCAACCACAAUAUCAUUUUGGUCAAGAUCAAAAUCUCAAUCAACAUUUAGUUUACAAUCAACAAAAUGGUGCUAAUUUUGCCCCACAAGAAGUCCCUAUUAAUGGUAAGAAUGGCAAUAUUUCAUUCAAGAAUAUAAACUACCAGAAUUGA